AUGUCACACGAAAGAAAUAAAAUAAAUGAUUAUAAUAAUAUAGAAUAUGAAGAGGGUAUGAUUUCCCAAGACAACUACCAAGAUAUAAGAGAAAGAAACAAACAAAGAGAAUUAGAAAAAAUUGAAAAAGAAAAAGAACAAAACGAAUAUAGAAAUAACGGAUAUAAUAGAAGAGAUAAAGAGAGAAGAGAUUAUAGAGAUCACAACAGUGAGAGGGAUAGAAGGGACCACAGGGAUUAUAGAGAUGGUGGCAGAGAUAGAGAUGGUGGCAGAGAUAGAGAUAGAGAAAGAGGUGGUAGAGAUCAUGAUGGUGGUAGAGACAGAGAUAGAGACUACAGGGACAGUGGUAGAGAUAUAAGAGAUAAUAGAGAUAAUAGAGAUAAUAGAGAUAAUAGAGAUAAUAGAGAUAAUAGAGAUCAUAGAGAUCAUAGAGAGGGUAGAGAAAAAGAUAGAAGAGUGGAUGAUAGAGAUUAUAGAGGCAAAAGGUCAUCAAGAUCCAGAUCAAGAUCAAAUAGUAGAGAAAAGAAAAGACAAAGAGACAGUAGGAGUAGAAGCAGAGAUAGAGACCAAAACAAAGAUAAUAAAUCUAACAAAAAUAACACCACUAACAAAAAUGAUAAAAAAUCCAAUAAUAAAAUAAAAGAAGAAGAAAUUGAUGAUGGUCUAGAUGAAGAAACUAGAGAAAUGAUGAAAAGUAUGGGUAUACCAGUUACAUUUAAUUCAACCAAAGGUAAAAAAGUCGAAGGCAACUCCCAAGGUGGUAUGAAAGUACAAUUUAAAAGAGAAUUUAGACAAUUUAUGAAUAAAAAGAAAAUAGAUUUAUACCACAUAGCAUUUAAAAUCCAAACAAAUAAAUAA